AUGGAGCUUGGAGAUUUUGGGACGCUGUGCAUCUUCUUUUUGCAGGGAGUCACAGCAGCUGCCUUGGGGGCCAGCAUAUUGAAAUCUGCAUGGACCCGGCAGGUACCCGAGGCACUGACGAAGCUGCAAUACAGCUUAUGCUGCCUCAGAGAUCGCCUUAUCCAGCCAUCAAAGCCCAAACCUGGCACAGCCUGCAUCGAAGCAAAAUUCGUGGAUACUUUGUGCGGGCUGCUGUUGAAUGGCUGCAGGGUGGUGGUUGUUGCCCUUUUUCUGCGGCUACUUGCCAUUCAGGGCCCGCUCAUGAACGGUGUGGAGCAUCAGCUGCAGCCUUCUCUGGACAUCACGAACAUUAUAUCGUAUCCAAUUGUGCUGUUUAUCGUAAUGUUCCAUGACAAGGUCAUCUCGACCAGAACGCUGGACUUGUGGUACAUCUUGUUGCAGGGGCUGUGUGUGGUCCCUAUAGCUUGGACAGCUCCGGAGGAUGUCACCAGUGUUUCUCUGAUCACGCAGGUUGAGUUUCAAUUGAAAAGCGACGCCUUCCUCGCUCAGUCAGCUGAGCUAGUGCUACUGUGCUCAGCAGUUUACCCUCUUCGUCACGCACUUUACGAAAAUGUCAGGAUGGGUUUAGAGCUGAACACACGUACCAUUGAGCUCUCGGCAGUUUCGGAGCUGCUCCUUGGAUUCUGCGAUGCAGUGGUGGAAAUUGACAGCAAUCUUCAUCUGACUGACGACUCUCGGCAGUUUUCCACGCUGUUGCUCCACGGACAUGGCAUGAGCGCAGGCAGUCUGGCUGGCUUUGACUUUCUCAGCUUCUUCCACCAGGAAGAUCGAGAGCAUAUUCGAGCUUCCCUAUGCCCAGAUCGCAAAGACACCCAACCCAUGGCGCUGAAUGCUCGGAUGCUGGACUGUUUGGGAAGCUACGUUAGAGUGGAAAUCUUGCAUACAUCCUUCAAGAACGCAGACGGACAAGACUGUCGACUGGUCGGCAUGCGUGAAUUUCAAGACUUUGGUUCGGUGGCGGCGCCCUUGGCUCAAGGUCCUAGCCUUUCGGAUGGACACAGCCCGGUUGAAGAAGCUUGCGUGGUCUUUGAUGCCACGUCCUUUGACAUCCUCUCUCUGUCGCCCGCAUUUCAGAAAUUCUGUGUGGAGAAUGGGUCCGAGGACAUCUCUGAGAUUGUCAGCAUCUUUGACUUGUCCACAGGCACCAGUGCCAAUUCCCUGGCCGGCCACAUCCAGAAUGCCGUCAAUGAACCUGAGAAGUUGGAAGGCUCGCUGCCGGCUUCGCUAUUGAAAUUAGGCUCACAGACAGCUCUGUGGCUCGAAGGGAAGCCGAAGCUCGAAGAGCUCGCGCAGUUCCCGUCGGCGUCACAGUGGUGA